AUGCGUAAGCAUCCUACGUUUUACGUUGGACGUCUCCGCCCGUACUAUCAGUACGAGCCCGUUUCGAGAGGCAAAGAACACCUACGCGGUCGAGAGCCAAUACCACCCUCGAGUGGUCCUGUUUUAACGAGCCAUUCUGUUCGACAAGCGAAUCGACCUGUUCACGUACUUGAUAGAUGUCCCGACGAGCAGCAGCCAUCUCAUCACGAAGAGAACGAGUCGAACGUUCGUUCUCAAGUUGCGCAAACGCAAAAGCGGCACGAUCGUCCGAAGGAUCGUGCGUCAGGGAACUGUAAUAAUCCCUUACAAGAUCCUGAAGCUCAUAACGCCGAGUCCGUUCGUGAGGCAGGUCAUCGUGUUGCUUAUGCGUUGCAUGAACCAGUUCCCAAACAUCAAGAUGAUUCGGCCCUAGAGCCGGAUCAGGUGUUCCCGCCGCCACCACAUUAUUGGGUGGACUCAAGCGGUGGUCAGCGGGUUCUAGUGAAGCGUAUUUUGAACCACCGCGAUGUGAAUGGCGUCCGUACGAGUUACCUCGUCCGCUGGCGUGGCUAUCCACCGGCGUGGGACAGCUGGGAGCCUCGUGCCCAGCUGAUUGUUGAUGUCCUUGGUCUCAUCGAGCAGCAUGACGAGACCCAACCGCUUCGUUCGAAGAAGGGCCGUCGGAAAAAGACCUCCCCGAACGCGAGUACAGGGAAUGGCAAGUUUCAAUCCCUUCGGCCAUCUAGAAAGAGAUAUGCGCCCUCCAGUAGAUAUCAUUAG